AUGAUGGAGAAACCCGAGCCUCAUGGCUCUCCUCGCGAUACAGAGCGCGUAUCUCGCUCAAGCUCAGAGGCCUUGCCUGAAGAUGAUCGCACUAUUUUCGAGCACAUACGCCCUGAGGACCGUGCAGAACUUACUCGAAUUGCCUCUAACUUCUCGCGACAGCGCCGCCCCAGCUCUCUUAGUGGCAUGACCAACGUGAGUCGCAGGGACACUCUGGAAGAUAUACACGAAGGCGAUGCAGUCCUUGAUCCUACCAGCGAUCAAUUCGACCACUAUAAGUGGGCUCGUAUGAUACUGAGGAUGAUGAACAAGCAAGGUGUCUCUCUGCGCAAGUCGACCGGUGUAGUCUUCGAAAACCUGACCGUCUCCGGCUCAGGAUCGGCUCUCCAAUAUCAGAAUAACGUAGGAUCGGUUCCAUUGGCGCUUUUCCGUCCGCAGGAGCAUUUCUCAUUCGGCAAAGGCGUGCCACAGAAGCAAAUUCUUCACCGUUUCGAUGGCGUUGUGAAGAGCGGAGAGCUGUUGAUCGUUCUGGGUCGGCCGGGAAGUGGCUGUUCGACGUUUCUGAAGUCUCUCGCCGGAGAACUUCAUGGCUUGAAAUUGGAAAAGGACUCAAACGUCCAGUAUAACGGUAUUCCAAUGGAGACCAUGCAUCGAGAAUUCAAGGGAGAGGUUCUCUACAACCAAGAAGUUGACCAUCAUUUCCCACACCUCACGGUGGGUCAAACGCUCGAGUUCGCCGCUGCUGCUCGCACUCCAGAGCACCGGCUUGAAGGAGUCAGCCGAGCUACUUUCGCAAAACAUAUGACGCAAGUUGCAAUGUCUGUCUUAGGGCUUAGCCACACAUACAACACGAAAGUCGGUGAUGACUACAUUCGUGGGGUCAGUGGUGGUGAGAGGAAACGAGUCAGCAUUGCGGAAAUGGCGCUAUCGGGAGCCCCAGUGGGAGCUUGGGACAAUAGCACUCGAGGAUUAGAUUCCGCCAGCGCGUUGGAGUUCGCGAAGUCCUUACGAGUUUCUGCAAAUCUGACAGGAAGCUGCCAUGCGGUCGCAAUCUACCAGGCUUCUCAGGCAAUCUACGACGUCUUCAACAAGGUUAUUGUGCUGUACGAGGGCCGAGAGAUUUUCUUCGGGCCAUGCAGGCAGGCUAAAGACUAUUUUACUGAGAUGGGCUGGGUUUGUCCGCCUCGCCAGACAACAGGUGAUUUUCUCACCUCUGUUACUAACCCCCAAGAGCGAACCGCCAAAGAAGGAAUGGAAAACCAAGUGCCGCGUACGCCGGAAGAGUUUGAGCAAUACUGGAGAAAUAGCCAUCAUUAUUCCCUCCUGCAGAAAGAGAUCAAGGAGUACCAUGAAGACUAUCCCUUGGGAGGGCCUGGUGGAGAAGAUUUCAAAGAGACGAAAAACCUACUUCAGGCAAAACAUGUUCGGCCAAGCAGUCCUUAUGUGAUUUCCCUUCCAAUGCAGGUCCGUCUCUGUGUCAAAAGAGCUUACCAAAGGAUCUGGAAUGAUAAACCAUCGACGCUCACGACUGUUAUUGGUCGUAUUAUGAUGGCCUUGAUUAUCGGUUCCAUCUACUACGGUACCCCGAAUGCUUCUGGUGGCUUUCAGAGCAAAGGGGCUGCUCUAAUGAAUGCUCUUAUCAGUAUCACUGAGAUUAACUCACUCUACGAUCAACGGCCUAUAAUAGAGAAGCAGGCAUCAUAUGCUUUUGUGCACCCUUUUACAGAAGCACUUGGAGGAAUCGUUGCGGAUGUUCCAGUCAAAUUCAUUUCCGCAGUCGUGUUCAACAUCAUAUUCUACUUCUUGGCCAGCCUACGAUACGAGCCGUCCCAGUUUUUCAUCUUCUUUCUGUUCGCAUUCCUAAGCACUCUCACGAUGUCUGCUGUCUUUCGAACUCUAGCUGCUUCAACCAAAACGCUUGCCCAAGCCAUGUCAAUGGCAGGUGUGAUUGUUCUAGCCAUCGUUAUCUACACCGGCUUUGUGAUCACUGCACCGGAGAUGAGCAAAGUUCCGUGGUUCAGCUGGAUCCGUUGGAUCAACCCGGUCUUUUACACCUUUGAAGCCCUCGUUGCCAACGAGUUCCACGGUCGCCGGUUCGGAUGCUCUCAAUUCAUUCCAGCGUAUCCGGGGGUGACAGGGGAUACCUUUAUCUGUGCCAUUCGAGGCGCCGUGCGAGGCGAAAGAACGGUGUCCGGUGACGCCUAUAUUGAGUCGCAAUACUCCUAUAGCUAUGCCCACGAAUGGAGAAACCUGGGGAUUUUGAUAGGGUUUUGGAUUUUCUUCAUGGCUCUUUAUCUGUUAGCCUCUGAGAUCAAUUCUGCCACUUCUUCCACGGCUGAGUACCUUGUGUUCCGGAGAGGCCAUGUACCUGCUCACAUGCGCCAUUUGGAAAAAGGCUCAACGAAUGCUUCAGCUGAAGUUACCACUCAGUCUCGAAGGCCCGAUGAUGACCAUGACACGUCUGUUCUCCCCUCUCAGCACGACAUAUUCACUUGGCGUAACGUGUGCUACGAUAUUCCUGUCAAGGGAGGCCAAAGGCGCCUCCUUGAUAAUGUCUCUGGUUGGGUCAAACCAGGAACUCUUACCGCCUUGAUGGGAGUCUCUGGGGCCGGAAAGACUACUUUGCUUGAUGUACUGGCUAAACGUGUCUCGAUUGGUGUGGUUACUGGCGAUAUGCUUGUCAACGGAAAGCCGCUCGAUUCAAGUUUCCAGAGAAAAACAGGGUACGUCCAGCAACAGGAUCUUCACCUGCCCACCACAACCGUCAGGGAGGCUUUGCGCUUCAGUGCAAUGCUACGUCAACCUAAGGCUGUUUCCAAGGCUGAGAAGUACAAAUACGUUGAAGAAGUCAUCAACAUGCUUGGGAUGCAAGACUUCGCAGAUGCUGUUGUCGGACGACCAGGAGAAGGAUUGAACGUGGAACAGAGAAAGCUGCUGACUAUUGGCGUCGAGCUGGCAGCAAAACCCGCACUGCUCAUUUUCCUUGACGAGCCAACCAGCGGAUUGGACUCGCAGAGUUCUUGGGCUAUUUGUUCUUUCUUACGAAAGCUCGCCGAGCACGGCCAAGCUGUGCUGUCGACGAUUCAUCAGCCAAGCGCGCUACUUUUCCAGCAAUUCGAUCGCUUGCUGUUCCUCGCAAAGGGCGGAAAGACUGUCUACUUUGGAGAUAUUGGCGAGCAGUCUCGAACUUUGUUAGACUAUUUUGAGGGCAACGGUGCGCGUAUCUGCGGAGAAUCUGAGAAUCCGGCAGAAUACAUGUUGGAAAUCAUCGGAGCUGGGGCCUCUGGAAAAGCUGCUAAAGACUGGUCAGUGGUUUGGAAGGAGAGUGAGGAAGCGCAAAGCAUACAAACGGAGAUCAGCCGAAUCCAUGAUGAAAGGGCUUCGGCGGCCGGAAAUGACAGUCUGAAACAGGAUGAGUAUGCGAUGCCUUUCUUGUCCCAGCUCUGGUAUGUAACAUAUCGCUCAUUUCAAGCCUUCUGGCGUGAGCCGUCAUACGUCUGGGCCAAGAUCAUGCUCGCUACUCUCUCGUCCCUCUUCAUUGGCUUCACCUUUUUCAAGCCAGAUAGCUCCCUCCAGGGCUUUCAAGAUGUGCUCUUCAGUGCAUUCAUGAUGUGCUCUAUUUUUUCGACCCUGGUACAGCAAAUUAUGCCCAAAUUUGUCGUUCAGCGCUCCCUAUAUGAGGUGCGUGAGCGACCUUCAAAGGCCUACUCCUGGACUGCAUUCUUGGUUUCCAACGUCCUCGUUGAAAUCCCAUACCAAGUCUUUGCUGGUGUAGUCGCGUGGGCAUGCUACUACUACCCCGUCUAUGGCGCAAACCAAGCUUCCCACCGCCAGGGCUUGAUGCUUCUUUUCAUAGUUCAGUUCUACAUCUUUACGUCGACGUUCGCGUCGUUUAUCAUUGCUGCUUUACCGGAUGCUGAGACUGGAGGUACUAUCGCUACUCUCCUGUUCAUCAUGACCCUCACUUUCAAUGGUGUCAUGCAACCUCCCGAUAAACUCCCGGGGUUCUGGAUCUUCAUGUACCGCGUGUCCCCCUUGACCUAUCUCAUCGCGGGUAUCACUUCCACAGGUCUCCACGGUCGAGCGAUCCGCUGUGCCGGAGCUGAACUGAGCGUUUUCAAUCCUCCAGCAGGCCAGACCUGUGGCUCUUAUUUAGAUCCCUUUGUGAAAGCUUCUGGUGGACAGCUAUACAACCCUGGAGCCACUAGUAAUUGUGAGUUCUGCCAACUAUCCAAUGCCGAUCAGUAUCUGGCUGCGAGUAAUAUCUACUACAGCGAGCGCUGGCGCAACUUCGGCAUUGGAUGGGCCUAUAUUGGGUUCAAUAUCUUCGGGACGGUUUUGAUGUAUUACAUGUUCAGGGUUCAGCACUACAACCCUACCUCUCUUAUCCGCGGCGCAAAGCAGGGCAUUUCUUUAUUUUGUCGGGCAUUCAAGCGUCGGUCUGGCGAGACGCCGACAGGGAAAGAAGCAGACAACGGGCGACUGGUUUAG